UCCAGAGAUAAAUUUCAAAAAGGCCAACUUUAAAAGAUCAGCUGAAGUGAAGAGGGCUCGUCUGACCACACACGAGAAGCCUCACUUCUAACUCUGUUCCUUAAACCUGUUUUUCAAUCAAGGCAGAAAUCUCUGUAACCUAGUUUCCUCAUCUGAUGACGUGAGUUUCAUUUUUUCCUUCAUCAGAAAUGUGUACAAGGUUCUUUGGGUAAUAGAGCCCCUUUGUCACCCACUUUGCACCAGCAGCAGUUAACUGACCUGGGGAGGCAGCCAUUAAGUCACCGAAGGCAGUAGCCCUCAUAAUGAGCCCGCAUGGAUUUUGUGUCUGAUUUAGAAUGCAAGACCCAUGUUCAGCAAAUGAGGUAAAGACUUCUUUUUGAGCCACGCAAAUAGAUUCCGUUAAUACGCUGCUCAGUGUUGGUUUUUAAAUUAUGUGAAGUCCCCCAACAUGUGUAUUAUCCACCCCGAAUUUCCCGCCAAUAGGAGUGCAAGACACACACAGCGGCAGCUGAUGGUCACUGGCUGACAAGGCUGAGCUCACAGUCCCUCCACUGUGCAGAGGGCAGGGAGGGGCUGGGGCACCGUAGGCAGCGCAGAGGAUGCCAGCCCCACAGAGGAAUUCCUCCCCCCAGGAAGGACCAUGUGAUGAAAGAGUCAAAAGCUCUUGGUGGAGACUUGGGUAGUUCACCAUCUUCCUUUCCGAAGUUACAUGGAAGUUCUUCAGAAAAUAAACUCUGUGUCUUGGUGAGGAGGGGCCCUUUAACGAGACAUGGUGAAUUACUACGAAGUACUGGGGGUGCCUCAGAACGCUUCUUCCUCUGACAUUAAGAAGGCCUACUACCAGUUAGCUCUGCAGGUGCACCCAGACAAGAACCCAGAGAACCAGGAGGCAGCUGAGGAGAAGUUCAGACAAGUAGCCGAGGCCUACGCGGUCCUGUCUGAUGCCGAGACACGGAACAACUACGACAAGUCCAGACGGGGAAACGGAGGAGACGGCAGGGACAAGGACGGCUGGACGGAGGCACUGCGGUUUGAGAGGCCACACUGCGGCUUCCAAAACGUCUCUGAAGAUGCGGACCCCUUCUCUGGAGACUGGCUCUCCCCUGGCCAUGCGGGCAGGGCCAGGAGAUCCCGCUUCUCCUUCUUUGAUGUGACCCCCAUUCUGGACACAGGAUUUUCCACUUUUGUGUCCCUGGGCUCCAGGCCUAAUUCCCCUUCCUCUGGGACAUUUGUACCCUUCGUAAGCAGUGGAAUGAGAAACUUCAGACUGGUCACCACUUGCAGCCAGAUAGUGAAUAGCAAGCGAGUUGUUAUAAAGAAAGUUCUAGAAAAUGUGAGGGGGGAGACUAACGUGGAAAAAGCACCCCUAUUUCAUCAGUUUCCCCCACACCACUGGUAGGGAGCUGCUGCCAUGUUCUUUCACGGGGAGACUCUGACGUGCGGCUGGUGAGUCUGGUGCUUAUCAAAGACAGAACUGGAAUCUGAGAGUGUGCUGGACCCAAAUGGACCGGGGUCAGCUCAGUCCCACCUCUCACUGCACAGAG